AAGAGACAUCUUUUUUCCUUUCUUUUGUUUUGUUUUGUUUUGGGUUUGAUUGCUGCUGCUGCUGGUUAUUGCUGGUGUGAUUGGUGGUAGGGCAGUGGAGGUGAUGGGAAGUAAUGGAGGGCAAUAAUAAUAAUAAACCUCUUGGUUGCGCCAUUGAAGGCAGGCUUGGCCAUCCUCCCCUGCUUCUCCUUUGGCAACAACACAGCCAGAGCUCCUCCAGGGGGCCAGCGCAGGUCGACGUCUCCUUUUCCCUGCUCCUCUCCCCGUCUCCCCCAUCCCCUGCUUUCCGCUCCGCCUCUCCACUCUCCUGUCGUAUCACUCUCCUGUAGCUCAUGGCGAACGUGAUGGGGCGAGUUACUGCUGCUCGAGCGCACUGACACACCACUCCUACUCUUCCUAAUCCGCAUUGAAGGCCGGUCAUCUGCUGCGAAGAGGAGCCUAGGGAGCAUUAUGGUGGGGUAUUCGAGCAGCAUGCCGGGCUGGCUUGAGGCGAUGCUGGGGGAGAAGUUCUUCAACCCUUGCAUGAUCCACGAGACGUCGAAGAAGAACGAGAAGAACAUCUUUUGCCUCGACUGCUGUUCUAGCUUCUGCCCUCAGUGCCUUCCUCCUCACCGCCCCCACCGCCUCCUCCAGGUUCGCAGGUAUGUGUACCACGACGUAGUGCGAGUUGACGAUUUGGAGAAAUUAAUCGACUGUUCUUCCGUCCAGUCGUACACCACGAACAGCGCGAAGGUGGUGUUCCUGAACGAGCGGCCGCCGAGCCGCCCGUUCCGGGGCUCCGGAAACGCCUGCCUCUCCUGCUACCGCCCGCUCCAAGACCCCUACUUCUUCUGCUCCCUCUCCUGCAAGGUGAAGGAGCUGCUGCGGAGCGAGGGCGGGCUGUGGAAGGAGCUGCGUGAGUGCGAGUACCUGCCGCUAUCGUGCGAGCUGGACGAGGGGCAGCUGACGCCCGACUCCAUCCUCGAGUCCGCCUCCGCGACCUCCUCGGCUUCCAGUGGCGGAGGGGCGGCGGCGGCGACGCCGGUCGCCGCGGGGACCGAGGCCGCGUCCCGGAGGAAGAAGCGGACCGGCGCCGGCUCCGGCUCCGGCCGCCGCGGUGGGGACCGGGCUGCCUUGCCGGAGAUGGCGAGCCGGCGGAAGAAAGGGGUGCCCGUCCGAGCUCCGUUGUUCUAAUUUCCAAACAAGGAGGGAAAUUGCGGAAGGAAGGUGAAAUCUUUGACCCGAUUUUGUAAACCAAUCCAUGGGUCAAAUUCAUGUUCGACUUCGGAGCCAACAUCUCUCUCUCUCUCUCCUCGGGUUUUGUUUGCAUUUGCAUCGUUGAAAUCAAAAGGACUUGUGCGUUUCUUGUUUUA